UGUUUCCCCUGAAGCCGACGCUGCCAUUGGCUGUUCCAUUGGACGCGACCAAUCAGAUUUCGCGCCGGAAAUGGCCGAUUGACGACGGAUCGCCUAAUCUGGCUACCGUGGGCUGAAUUCAUCAGUUGGUCUAUUUUUGUUGGAUCCCAGCGUGAAAUUCACGGGGAACUCUUCUAGGAUUGUUUUCGUUGCAAUGGAUUGCCGCCUAUUCGUUGGUGUUGAUGAAGACCCAGCAUCGUCAACGAACAAAAUGACCGAAGAAGUGUUACCGGAAGAGGUGACCAAGCACAGCUUCCGGCAGAAAAUUUGGGACUACAUGACGCAGAAUCAAUUAGCAAAUUUCCCACUGACUCUGUAUAGAAGAAUUCCAAAUUUUAAGGGUGCGGCCGAGGCGGCGCAGAGAUUGAGCGAGUUGGAGGAAUUCGGGAAAGCAAAGACCAUCAAAAUCAAUCCGGAUAAGCCACAAGAGCCUGUGAGGUUCUUGGCACUGGAAGCUAAUAAAGAGAUCCUCGUUCCGAUUCCUAGAUUGAAGACUGGCCUCUUUCUUCACAUUGUUCCCGUUGCUGGCGCAACGAAGGAACAGUUGAAGACUGCUGCGAGUAGACAUGGUUUAAAGAAGUGGGGCACACCUCUUGGGAUCAGUUCAAAUAUUAAGGUCGAUAUGAUCGUCCUGGGUUCUGUAUGCGUAAGCAAGAGCGGUCACAGAAUCGGCAAAGGAGAAGGCUUCGCCGACUUGGAGUUUGCGAUGUUGAUGAGAAUGGGAGCUGUCACCGAAGAAACCAUAGUAGUGACAACUGUUCACGACUGCCAAAUUAUAGACGAUCUUCCAACAAACCUGUUCAAAGAUUACGACGUCCCUGUGGACAUAAUCGUCACUCCGACGCAGAGUAUAUUUGUAAAUCCACGGCUGAAGAGACCUACUGGUAUCAUUUGGGGAAUCCUUAGCAGGAGGAGACUUGAAUCGAUGCCCAUUCUGCAGCAACUUAAAGAGGAGGAAGAAAAGGAGGGGAAAGUCAUAGUACUGAAAGAGAUCGAUUCCGAUGUAGAGAUUCGACAAUACGAAAAGCACAAGAUGAAGAAGUUGAAAUACAAGAAACGCCCCAAGAAACGAACUACCAGUGGAACCGAAGACGGGGCUGGCGAAGGAGAAAAGGAUAAGGAGGUUAAGCCACGCACAUCAAAACGGCGACAGGCUCCAAAACGACAAGAGGGAGACAGUUCUCCUACCAACGAAGAGAAAACUGAGGAAAAUGGAAAAGAGAAGCCACUUCGUCGUAAGAUCUUCAAGCCUCGGAACAGACUGCAGAUUGAUUUCUCUCUGAAGCUUUCCAAUAUUGCUUCGGAUGUGAGAGUGAGAGAUUUGAAGAACGCUCUGCUGCAACGAGGCGUCAAGCCGAACGACAUAACGUGGCGAGGAUCUAGCGGGUUCUGUUAUCUGCAUUUUGGAAAGCUGAAGAAUGAAAACUCUUCCCCGGACCAGCCGGUACAAAUCGACUCUGUGCUAGAGAAUCUGCAAUGUUUUCGCAUAGGCGACUCCUUGGUCGCCAACGAGAACGACUUCAUAGUGGUAGAGCGUGCCAAGCCGAUAACCCGAAUCGAAGUCACCGAUGUGAGUGCUGUUUAGAAUAUUCGGUCCUACGAAAUCGUAUUUUCGAGGAUUCCGCAAGAAACCGAACGCGCAAUCGAGUAUUAACCUCGCCGAGCGCGAAAACUCGAAAACUCGAGUCCGUACCAGAGCACCGAGUAGUCGUAAACGUUUCCUUGACUUCGUCACAUUGUUACACGAAAACAGACGGGUGGUACAAUCUUUAGAACGAGGGGAAAGAUUACAACAAUCGAUCUGGACUCGAAUUAACACAGGAUCUCUUUAAUAGCAUCGUAGCUCUCUACCGUACCCAAAAGAGUCGAUCUGGGAAGACGCAGGGAAAAUUGCACUAAUGCUAGCAAAAGGAAACUACAGUCUCCGAAGUCCUGUCUAAACUCUGGGCAUACGCAUUACACAUAGGAUUUAUAUUUUUACGAGACAUUUUAUGGAAAAAAAACGCGCGUUUCGUAUGUAAGCUAUACAUACAUAGAGAUGUGUCGAUCUAUAUAAAAGACGCAAAAAAUUGCGUCGCGCUUCCCCACCCAGAAAACAUUCGUUUUAUCUGGGAGGAAUUUCGUGUGUACGCUUACGCAACCCAGAGGAAAAAUAAGAUCUAUAUAAAUAUAAAGUUAUAUAUAUACAUAUAUUUUAGUAUGUAUACUAAAAUGAAAACUCGACGAGUUCUAACGAAAUAAUCGCAGAUUACUUCUACGUACUUAGGAAAAGCGAGGAGUUUAAGGUUAUGUCAAAGUGGCGUCGAAGAGGCCUAGUUUAUGAAACUUCUCCGAACUGAGUGUACCGAAUAGUUUCAAACUUGACAAUGUGAAUAUGUAAUUUAUAAGGAAGGUCCUGACACCCAAGAAAUUUCAUGAGUGUCGGAGCCUUCCUUAUGGCCUUUACGUUAAUGUUCUAAAAUUUGAACCGAUUCGGUGUAUCCACUUCGGAGAAAAGUUUCAUAAAGGAUUGAUUUUCCAGAUGCCACUUUCACAUCAUCUUGAGGGCGCUGCUGAACUCUAUGAAAAAGGGAUUAAAGUUUCAAAUUGACAGACUGACGACGAUAGUCCUUAUCAACGCUUAGCGAUUAACCGAUUACAAGACUCGGCGCAGCCGAUGAAAGUAUAGCCUCGUUGGGGAAUUAUAAACAGAGUCCUCUAUUUUUAUUAUACGAUAUUUUCCCACGUGAAACUUAACUCGUGAUUAAGGCGAUGUGAAAGUGCCGUCAAAGAGGUCUCGUUUAUUCCACUUAUCUCCAAACUGGGUGGACCGAAUCAUUUGAAACUUUGACACGUGAUUAUAGAGGUCCUAAAUAAGA